CCCCUGAAAAUGCUCCCUGCAACCUGGAAGCAGGUCCCUGAAAGCUGUGACCCAUAGGGACCUACUUCCAGGUCUCAGGGAGUGAUUCCAGGGAUGGUGAAGAUGCGUGGAAAUUGUUCUCUCCCUGCCACCAAGGGAGCACACACAUUGCUGUAGUCUACACUACAGGCAACACUAAUGUUGGUGCUUCAUUAGUCUGCUUACCAGCCAUUAUUAUUAGUAUUAGUAUUAGUAUUAGUAUACUGCUUUCCAGCAAAAUAGUUCUCAAAUCAGUUUACCCAGCAAAAGGUAUGAGAAAAUGGUUCCCUGUCCCAAGAGGACUCAACAAUCUUUUUUUUUUUUUUAAAGAUGCAGAUAUAAGGAAAGCACCAGCAACCGCCACUGGAGAGAUGCUAUGUUGGGCUAAAUAGGGACCCAUUGUAUUCAAUUUUUUGAUUGAUUUAUUGAUUUUGAUACCGCCUAACCCAGAUGUCUCUAGGUGGUUCACAUGAAUAAAAAUAAAUAAAAUAAAUAACCCGUUAAAACCAUUAAAAAUUAAAAACCUUUUUAAAAAAAUCACUGAAAGCCAGACUAAAAAACAUGUGCCUUUCAGGCCCUUGUAAAGCCUGCUAAUGUCUUAAGCCUCAAAUAUCAAUAUAUAUGCACCGCUGUUUUGAGGGCAUUCUCUUCUCAAGGAGUGAGUGGAAGUGGAGCUGAUGAAAAGUGCUCUUGGCCAUAGCCUUAGCCUAAGACACCAGGGUGAGACCAGGAUCCAAGAGUGCCCAAACUGCAUACCUGUUCUUUCUGGGGGACCAGAAAGUCCCCCAUCUUUUCUGUAAACCCAUCUAGAACAGGAGAUUCUAUUUCUAUCCAAUCCUCCAAAAUUACAUCCCCCUCACAUUACUACUCCUCUGUCUAGCAUGGAUUCAGUUUCAAUUUAGUAUCCCUCAUCCAGCCAUUACUGCCUGUAGGCAGGCAGCAGCAUCCAUGCACAUGCUCACAAGUUUUUAAAUAUCUGCUCAGUUAAGAUCCCACAGUUGGGGAGAUAAUGUCAUUUGCUAAUAAUGAUGACCCGGAGAGAGAGAUUUGGGUGUCAUCAGCACACUGAUAACACAUAUCCUGAUGACCUCGCCCAGCGGUUUCAUGUUGAUGUUAAAAAGCAUUGGUAACAUGCUCUCUCAGGGCUCUCUCAGGACUCCAUUCUAACAGCUCUCGUUUCAAAGAGCAACUGGCACCAAGCACGGAGUUUAGAUGUUACAUCUAACUGAGACAGGAGCAGAACCAUUGCAAGGCAGUGCCUUCUGUCCCUAACCCUGCUAACUGAACAAAAGAGGCACCUUUUAAAAGUGGUGUUUCUCUUUAUUUAGCAGGGCGCUUUCCAGACUAGACCCUACAAUGGGGUCACACUUCCUGCGUCGUGACACCGCAGUCCCUACUCAGACAGCAGGGUGCCGUUCACAUUGCCAAUGCCUUGUCUCAAAUUUAAUCGCUGCGAUAUAGAGCAAGGACGUCGUGUAUCGAGCAUGAAAAAGUUGCUGUCUUUUUGGGUUGUUAGUUGCUGCGAGACGGCUCCCCCUGCUGUUUACGUUCCGCAUGCGACUUGCCCGAACGGAGGCAUUUUGCUGCUGCUGAGCUGCUAGUCUGGAAAGCGCACGGGGAAUUGCAACUGGCCCUAUCCAUCCCCGGGACAGCAUCCAUCCCGUGGCAGUUGCUGGUGCCGAUCUUGCAUUUCUUUUUUAGAUCGUGAGCCCUUUGGGAACAGGGAGCCUGUGUGUGUGUGUGUCUGUGUGUGUACAUGUGCGUACGUGUGCGCAUAUGUGUGUAUGUGUGUACGUGUGUGUACGUGUGUCUGUAUGUGUGUACGUGUGUACAUGUGUGUAUGUGUGUGUCUGUGUGUGUCUGUCUGUGUGUCUGUGUCUUUGUGUGUGUGUCUGUCUGUAUGUAUCUGUAUGUGUGUACAUUGUGUGUGUGUGUGUGUCUGUCUGUCUGUCUGUCUCUGUGUGUGUCUGUGUGUGUGUCUGUGUCUAUGUCUGUCUGUGUCUGUCUGUGUGUGUGUGUGUGUGUCUGUGUAUGUGUCUGUAUGUGUGUCUGUCUGUGUCUGUGUCUGUGUAUAUGUGUGUACGUGUGUGUACGUGUGUGUACGUGUGUCUGUCUGUGUCUGUGUGUGUCUGUCUGUCUCUGUGUGUGUGUGUGUCUGUGUCUGUGUGUCUGUGUCUAUGUCUGUCUCUCUGUGUGUCUCUGUGUCUGUGUGUCUGGGUCUGUGCCUGUGUCUGUGUGCUUGUGUCUGUGUGCACAUGUGUGUACAUGUGUGUCUGUGUCUGUGUGUGUCUCUCUGUGUGUGUCUGUUUGUGCGUCUGUGUCUAUGUGUGUGUCUGUCUGUCUGUCUGUGUAUGUGUCUGUAUGUGUCUGUAUGUGUGUACAUUGUGUGUCUGUGUCUGUCUGUCUGUCUCUGUCUGUGUGUGUUUCUCUGUGUGUCUCUGUGUGUAUGUGUGUGUGUGUCCAUUUGUCUGUGUGUGUCUGUGUGUGUGUGUAUGGUGUGUGUCUGUGUCUAUCUGUGCGUGUCUGUAUCUGUGUGUGUGUGACUGUGUGUGUGUACAUUUGUCUGUGUGUGUCUGUGUGUCUUUGUAUGUCUGUGUGUGUCUGUGUGCGUCUCUGUGCAUGUGAGUCUGUGUCUCUGUGUGUCUGUGCAUGUGUGUAUACGUGUGUCUGUAUGUGUCUGUGUGUGUGUGUGUGUGUGCAUGUCUGUGUCUGUGUUUCUGUAAGUGUGUGUGUCUGUGUGUGUGUGUACAUUUGUCUGUGUGUGUACGUAUGUGUGUAUGUGUGUGCAUGGGUGUGUGUGCGUGUCUGUGUCUGUCUGUGUGUUUCUGUGUGUGUGUCUGUGUCUGUGUGUCUGUUUGCGUGUGGUGUGUAUGUUUGUGUGUGUCCAUUUGUCUCUGUGUGUCUGUGUGUGUCUGUGUCUUUAUGUCUGUCUGCGUGUGUGUGUGUCUGUGUCUUUGUGUAUGUCUGUGUGCGUCUGUGUGCGCGUGCAUCUGUGUCUGUCUGUGUGUCUACGUGUGUGUACAUGUGUGUGUACGUGUGUGUGUCUGUCUGUGUGUCUUAAGUUUGUUUGUGUGCGUGUCUGUGUCUGUGUUUCUUUCAGUGUGUCUGUCUGUGUGAUUGUAUGUGUGUACGUUUGUGUGUGUCUGUGUGUACAUGUGUGUACGUGUGUGUACGUACGUGUGUGUCUGUAUGUGUUUGUACAUGUGUGUCUGUGUACGUGUGUGUACGUGUGUGUACGUGUCUGUCUGUGUCUGUCUGUUUGUGUGUCUAUGUGUGUCUGUCUGUGUGUGUAUGUGUCUGUAUGUAUGUACGUUGAGUGUCUGUGUUUGUCUGUGUCUCUGUGUGUGCGUCUGUUUCUAUGUGUGUGUCUGUAUGUGGGUGUGUGUAUGGUGUGUGUCUGUGUCUUUGUGUAUGUCUGUGUGUGUCUGUGUGCAUCUGUGUGCGUGUGCGUCUGUGUCUGUCUGUGUGUGUACGUGCGUGUGUACGUGUGUGUACGUGUGUGUGUCUGUAAGUUUGUGUGUGUGCGUGUCUGUGUCUGUGUUCCUGUAAGUGUGUGUGUGUGUGUGUGUCUGUAUAUGUGUACGUGUGUGUACAUGUGUGUACGUGUGUGUGUACGUGUGUCUGUGUGUACAUGUGUGUACGUGUGUCUCUGUGUGUGUCUGUCUGUGUCUAUCUGUGUGUCUGUAUGUGUGUGCAUGGGUGUGUGUGCAUGGGUGUGUGUGCAUGGGUGUGUGUGCAUGGGUGUGUGAAUGUGCGUGUCUGUGUGUUUCUGUGUGUGUGUCUGUGUCUGUGUCUGUCUGUGUGUGGGUGUGUAUGUUUGUGUGUGUCCAUAGGUCUCUGUGUGUAUAUGUCUGUGUCUUUGUGUAUCUCUGUGUGCGUCUGUGUCUCUCUGUGUGUCUCUGUGUGUCUCUGUGUGUAUGCACGUGUGUGUGUCUGUCUGUGUGUCUGUAAGUUUGUGUGUGUGCGUGUCUGUGUCUUGUGUUUCUGUGAGUGUGUGUGUCUCUCUGUGUGUGUGUCUGUAUAUGUGUACGUAUGUGUACAUGCAUGUGUACGUGUGUGUUAGUGUGUCUGUGUCUGUACGUUUGUGUGUGUGUGUUUACAUGUGUGUACGUGUGUGUACGUACGUAUGUGUACUUGUGUGUCUGUGUACUUGUGUGUCUGUGUACGUGUGUGUAUGAGUGUGUCUGUGUUUGUGUGUGUGUCUAUUUGUGUCUGUCUGUUUGUGUGUCUGUGUGUGUGUCUGUGUGUUUUUCUCUCUGUGUCUCUGUGUGUGUGUCUGUUUGUGCGUCUGUGUCUAUGUGUGUGUCUGUAUGUAUGUGUGUGGGUGUGUGUAUGGUGUGUGUCUGUGUGUGUAUGUGUGUGUGUCCUUUUGUCUGUGUGUGUAUGUCUCUGUGCAUGUGAGUCUGUGUCUGUCUGUGUGUGUACGUGUGUAUGUACAUGUGUGUAUGUGUACGUGUGUGUAUGUGUGUGUACGUGUUUGUCUGUGUCUGUCUGUCUGUGUCUGUCUGUUUGUGUGUCUGUCCGUGUGUGUAUGUGUCUGUCUGUGUGUGUAUGUGUGUGUGUGUACAUGUGUGUGUACAUGUGUGUUUAUGUGUGUGUACGUGUGUGUCUGUGUACGUGUGUAUACGUGUCUGUCUGUGUCUGUCUGUUUGUGUGUCUGUGUAUGUGCGUGUGAGUGUCUGUGUAUGUGUGUGUCUAUCUGUCUCUGUCUCUGUGUGUCUGUGUGUGUUUCGCUGUGUGUCUCUGUGUGUGUGUCUGUCUGUGUGUCUGUGUCUAUGUGUGUGUCUGUAUGUGUGUGUGUGGGUGUGUGUCUGUGUCUGUCUGUGCAUGUCUGUGUCUGUGUGUGUAUCUGUGUGUGUCCUUUUGUCUCUGUGUGUAUGUGUGUGUGCGUCUCUGUGCAUGUGAGUCUGUGUCUGUGUGUGUACGUGUGUGUGUGUAUGUGUGUGUAUGUGUGUGUACAUGUGUGUACGUGUCUGUCUGUGUCUGUGUCUGUCUGUCUGUGUCUGUCUGUUUGUGUGUCUGUGUCUGUGUGUGUGUGUGUCCAUUUGUCUGUGUGUGUCUGUGUGUGUGUGUGUGUCUGUAAGUUUGUGUGUGUGCGUGUCUGUGUCUGUGUUUCUGUGUGUCUAUGUGUCUCUGUGUGUGUGUCUCUGUGUGUGUCUCUGUGUGUGUACAUGUGUGUACAUGUGUGUGUGUGUCUCUCUGUGUGUUUGUCUGUCUGGGUGUGUGUAUCUGUGUCUGUGUGUCUGUAUGUGUGUGUAUGGGUGUGUGUAUGGGUGUGUGUCUGUGUCUGUCCGUGUCUGUCCGUGUGGUUCUCUGUGUCUGUCUGUGUGUGGGUGUUUGUUUGUGUGUGUCCAUUUGUCUGUGUGUAUGUGUCUGUGUGUCUGUCUGUCUGUGUGUUUGUGUCUGUGUCUUUGUGUGUGCCUGUGUGUGUACAUGUGUGUGUGUCUGUCUGUGUGCCUGUAAGUUUGUGUGCGUGUCUGUGUCUGUGUUUCUGUAAGUGUGUGUGUGUGUCUCUCUGUGUGUGUGUAUGUGUGUGUGUGUCUGUAUAUGUGUACAUGUGUGUACAUGUGUAUGUGUGUCUGUAUGUGUGUACGUUUGUGUGUGUCCAUUUGUCUCUGUGUGUGUGUGUGUAUGUGUCUGUGUGUCUGUGUGUUUGUGUCUGUGUCUUUGUGUGCGUCUGUGUGUGUACGUGUGUGUGUGUCUGUCUGUGUGCCUGUAAGUUUGUGUGCGUGUCUGUGUUUCUGUAAGUGUGUGUGUGUGUCUCUGUGUGUGUGUAUGUGUGUGUCUGUAUAUGUGUACGUGUGUGUACGUGUGUAUGUGUGUAUGUUUGUGUGUGUCCAUUUGUCUCUGUGUGUCUGUGUGUGUAUGUGUCUGUGUGUCUGUCUGUGUGUGUGUUUGUGUCUGUGUCUUUGUGUGCUUCUGUGUGUGUCUGUGUGCGUACGUGUGUGUCUGUCUGUCUGUGUGCCUGUAAGUUUGUGUGUGCGUGUCUGUGUCUGUGUUUCUGUAAGUGUGUGUGUCUGUGUAUGUGUCUGUAUAUGUGUACAUGUGUGUGUAUGUCUGUAUGUGUGUACGUUUGUGUGUGUCUGUAUAUGUGUGUAUGUCUGUGUCUGUGUGUGUUUGUGUGUGUGUGUCUGUUUCUGUGUCUAUGUGUGUGUCUGCCUGUCUGUGUGUGUGUGUGUCUGCACGUCUGUAUCUGUGUGUCAGUGUCUGUGUGUGUGUCUGCGUGUGUGUACGUGUAUGUCUCUGUGUUUACGUGUGUGUUUCUUUGUGUGUUUCUGCGUGUGUGUGUACGUGUGUGUGUACGUCUGUGUAUUUGUAUGUGUGCGUGUAUGUGCGCAUGUGUGUAUGUGUACGUGUGUGUGUAUGUGUUCGUAUGUGUGUGUGUGGGACCCUUGAUUUACUCUAAGUCCUCUAGCACUGCACGGCCCAACAACAAGGUAGCCCCAGGGAAACGGACACAGACACCAGCUGGUUUUAGUCAAUCAAUGAUUCAUGUUUAUUAUAGUCAGUUAAACAGCAAGCUAGCUCCUUAUUCACACACACACACACACACACACACACACACACACUCACCAGCCCCACUCCAAAGAUAAUCAGUCUUUGAAAGGGGUGUUGGAAGAAGCGUGGAGGCCUCACUCUGGGUGGUGAUGCUUCUCAGGGUUCUUCUGGUUUUCUGCCUGACUUAUAAAGGGAUGUUUCCACUCUGGCUGGUACAUCUGCAGUCCACUUCCAUUCCCGUGAUCACAAGACGUACUCAUCUUAUCUUUUUGUUCUAUUCCCAGUUCUUUCUCCUUUAAAAUGUCUUUGGCAGUUCUCCCUGGUUUUCACCGAUUCUUCAGGCCUUUGGCAUCUUUCCCAACAUUGUUUGUGUUCGAGAGGGAGUGGGGCUGGGGCACACUUGAUGUUGCUCACUCAUGCAUUCCUCCAUACAUACUGUUUGUAAGCACUACCUAAGUUUCUUAAUUUGUCAAGAUCACAUGGCUCAUAGGGUUACAGAAAUGAGCUAUUACAAAUUAGUAUAUUGUUUCUUAUCUCUAGAUCAUUAUAAGCUUGCGAUUCAGCCAAGUAUUUCACUGUUACAAAUUAAUAUAUUGUUUCUUAUUUCUGGAUCUUUAUACAUUUGCGAGUUAGCCAAGUACUUUAUGCAUCACUACUAUCACAAAGCUAGCAUAAUUCUACAUGUACGUGUGUGUGUACAUAUGUUUAUGGGUGUAUGUCUCUGUGUCUGUGUGUGUCUAUGUAUGUGUGUCUGUCUGUCUGUCUGUCUGUCUCUCUCUCUCUCUCUCUUUCUGUGUCUGUGUGUGUCCGUGCAUCUGUCCGUGUAUGUGUGUCUGUCUGUGUCUGUCUGUGUCUGUGUCUGUCAGUGUGUUCUGUGUCUGUGUGUGUCUGUGUGUGUGUCUGUGUCUGUGUCUGUCUGUCUGUGUGUGUAUGUGUAUGUGUGUCUGUCUCUGUGUGUGUGUGUGUCUGUGUCUUUGUCUUUGU